CCAAGGGUUAAUGGAGAAACCCCACGCCCCCUUUGACGGAACUGCACCAACCUCACCAAAUUUGAAAAGGCUGCCGCCAGGGCUUAGCUCGCAGAGAGGGCUUGACUUCCCUUUAAAAGCCAGGAGCAGCAGCAGCUCGCCAUCGGUGCCCUGCGGGGAGCUCCGGCCCCUAGAACCCCAAAUUCUCACGCGUCCCCCCCUCCACCCCGGCUAGUCGCAUGUCACUGUGACCCCCCCGUCCGCCUCUCGGUUGUAUCUGUAGCCGCAGAGAUGAACCUGGCUCUCUUCCUGCCCUGGUGGGGCUGUUUCCUUGGAUGUACCCUAGGGACCGGUUUCCUCUACCCGUUCCCAGCCUCCACGCUGCAGCACAGCUAUCCCGAGCCGGGCGCAGGAUCCGCGGGCAGCGGCUUCGCCAGCCGCCGGCACUGGUGUCACUACACGGUUACACGGACGGUUUCCUGCCAAGUGCAGAAUGGCUCGGAGACGGUGAUCCAGAGAGUUUAUCAGAGUUGCCGGUGGCCAGGACCUUGUGCCAACUUAGUGAGUUACAGGACUCUUAUCAGGCCCACGUACAAAAUGUCUUACCGAACUGUGACCACCCUGGAGUGGAGGUGCUGUCCUGGGUUCACAGGGAGUAACUGCGAAGAGGAAUGCAUGAACUGCACAAGACUAACUGAUAUGACUGAGAGGCUAAACACUCUGGAAGCCAAGAUUCUUCUGCUCGAGUCUGCAGAGCGCACCCUCCCUUCAGAGAAUGACCUGCCAAUCACGAGGACGACAGCCACGUGGUAUGAUGAAUUACUCCCAGAUGCUAUUCCCCUGGUAAAUCCUGGGACUGUGUUGAGGAAGCCGGUGGGACCAGCUGGGCUACCCGGGCAGAUUGGGCCCCCAGGCCCAAUUGGACCAGUUGGACUUCCAGGACCACCAGGACCAAAAGGAGACAGGGGACAAACUGGCGAGAGAGGACCAGCAGGGCCGCCAGGGCUUCUGGGACCUCCAGGACCAAGAGGACUUCCAGGAGAAACUGGAAUCCCAGGACCCCCAGGACCUCCGGGGUCACCUGCCACCCCAGGCCUUCCCCUCACUGUCCAACAAGGGGUUCUCUACUCGCUGCAGCCCACAGCUGAAAAAGAAAAUGGAGAACCCCAGCUGGCUUCCACCAUCAUAGACACGAUCAUGGCUGGUUUGCCAGGCCCACGUGGCGCACCAGGGCCUGUUGGGCCACCAGGACCCCCAGGCAAUUCAGGACCCAAAGGGCCCCCAGGACCUAUUGGAGUUCCUGGAUCACAAGGUGUACCGGGCUCUCCAGGGCAGCCUGGGCCUAAAGGUUCCAAAGGAGAUCGAGGAGAAAGAGGGCAAGCAGGUCUGUCUGGAGAGAGGGGCAAUAAGGGACUGCCUGGUGAACCAGGCAAGAAGGGUGAAGAAGGAGAUAAAGGGGCUGAUGGAGAAGGAGUUCAACAACUUCGAGAAGCCCUGAAGAUUUUAGCUGAGAGGGUGUUAAUUCUAGAGCAUAUGAUAGGAAUUCAUGAUUCUUUAUCUUCCAUGGAGCCGGGCUCAGGGCAGGAAGUGAUCCUAGGCUCCUCCCUACGAACGAGCAUCAAGAUCAAACGCGGUGGCCGUGAGCAGCGGCACCAGCCCUAUCAGUUCCUCUCUUCGCUGCUGGAAGACAGCGAAGCCAAAAGGAAAAGCAACUGAAUGAAACAGGAGCAUUUGUGCAUUCUAAAGCCCAUUCGCUGAUUAAAGAUACAGUAUCCUAGUGCUUAAUCACAGUGUGCAGAAGGAAGUGGGUAGGAGGCUGCAGGGUUAGCAGUAGGGUUUCCUUGCCUGGACACUGCUAAACCAUUACUGCAGGGAAUGUCUUGAUUUGCUCUUCAUAAAAAUAUUUGAGCUACAGUUCUCUUCCCCCCCUACUUCAGAAUACACCAAAUGGCAGGUAUUCUUAAAAGCUAUCCCUGGAAAUGGCCCUGUUCAAGGGGUUUGAUCCUCCCCCUCAAAAAUUAUUUGUUUAAAAGACUGCACAGCUGGCUCAGACAUCAUUCAGUUCUACCUUAGCUCAAAGCAAAAGCCCUGAGCAACAUUAUACUAUUUUGAUGGCAUCUGGUUAUUUUUAAACAUGUUUUUUGUGUUCACACUAUAAUUUCCAGUUGAAGAUACCCCUUUCAGUACUCCACUAAAGCCAUGGAAAUGUUUCUUUUUAAAGAGUAGAUUGAAAAACUAAGAACUAAUCACUUAUUUGACAAAUUUCAUCUCUCUCUGUGGAGUAUCUUUCAACAGAUCAUGAUUUGUCUCAGAGGUGUUGGCUAUUCACAACAAAUUUGAAUUUGGCAAAUUUCAUUUACCCUUGGGCUUUCUGACUGAAAUUUUAAAUCAGGGAUUUGAGCUGUGUUGAUUGAUUGUGUGAAUGGUGUCAUAUAGACCUUGUGGUAUUCCUUCUGUUCCCUGAUUGCAUGAACAGCUUACUAUCAAGGUUUCUGGUAUAAAUAAUUACAGAAUGUAAAAUUUGCUUUUUGUGCAUAUUCAAGAUCAACAUUCUUGUUGCAAACAUUCAUAGGAAGCAAGAUAAAAUUGUAUAAAGUUUGCAUAAAAUGAACACAAAAUAGGUAUAAACACAGCCAAGAAAAAUUCAUUUCUUAUUCGGAACAAAUCUGCACUGAAAAUGUUUUGCAGUAUUUACCCAGCUUUAGAUCGUAAGCCGGAACUAUUGAUAUAUAGUUUUCUUUAUAUUGUGGGUAUUUUUAAAAGUAUCCAUCAUCUCCUACUAGUUUGAAUCUGGAGGUGGUGUGUUGGCAAAACACAGUAGAAGGAUUAGACUCUUGCCAGUGGUUUGUCUUCGAACAUUUUGCUACAAGAUAACAUCAUUUUGCAAUAGCUCUUGUUAUUGGGGAAACAGACUUCCACUGUUAAGAGGCUGAACAGAAAUUUCACAAACAAAUUGGACAAGUUAAUGUUACUCAUGUAGACAAUUAAAUUACUUUUUUUAAUAGCAGGAGUGAAUGACCAAGGCAACUGAUAAUAGGUUACAGAAUCUUUCACUGUGGGUUCUAGCCCACGAAAGCUUAUGCCCAAAUAAAUUUGUUAGGCUCUAAGGUGCUACAAGGACUCCUCAUUGUUUUCACUGUUCAGUCACUGGUUCAAAUCCUCUCCAAGGCACUAGUGAACAAAUGUUGUUGUGUCUGUUAUUUGGUGGCUUAAGUAAAUUCAUAGCAUCACUCAGGCUCAUUCCUAGUGCAAAAUGUAUCUACAUCAAAAAGCCACCAUUGAAAUUCAUUAGCACCUUUGUUGGCAACCUCAACAGAGAGACCAAGGCCUGAAUGGCCCGUGGAGACAGAAGUACCCUCUUACUGCUAAAGGUGGUCCUCCUAGGUCAGCAUGGAGGCAGGUGGAAUGCUGAAAACUGGAAUCUUGCACUCCAGUGGAUGUAGUCUGUGCCUAGACUAAGGGGUUCAGGCUCUGGUGUGAGAUAUUUAUGUAUGUACAUGUGCACACACACUCUCUGUCUACAGCGAUACUGAUAACUAUAUCAAAACAUCCAUAUCAGGCCUCUAGACAGCAUUGUAUCACCAGCCACAAAUAGUUUAAAACUCACCCCAAGUGAAUGGAUUUACAUCCUUAAACUACCACCAUUUUGCAAAGAAUAGGUGACGGGGGAAGCUGAUGACAUAACAAAAAGCAACAUCUUGAGCUGAUAAUGUGGUCUUCCCAGAGAAAUCUCCCCGUGCUGUACAGUUAAACAAUAUGAACAGCCACUGAAGGACCAAAAGCUGCAGUAAAUUUAUUUCCUUAACAUACUUUUGAAUUUUGGUACCGACUAGGAAAUUGUGAAUAACAGUUAGGGCUACAUUCCAUAGUCAAGGGGUAUAGUAAGAUCCUUGCUUGGAUCCAUUUAAGGUAGUGAUUGGGCAAGUUAAAUCAGCCCAAAAUGUGGAGGCAAAGCAAAAUACGAUCAGGUGCUAAUCCCCAUAAGCCAUCAGAGACUUCAAAGAACUUUAAACUCAGUGCAACACUUUAGGAGAUGCAACCAUAAAAAGCAGAUGUUUGGCUCCUGUGCAGUUGUGUACAUUGCAUUCUGGGUUAGUUGUAGCGUUGAUGUGAUACAGGUAAACAGGGAGCAAUAACCCAGCCUGGAGCGAAUAAAAGGGUUUGUCAAUCUCAGUAAGGCAUUGAUCGAGAGCAAUGGUCACACGCUGGUGUGACUUCUAGGACAAUAAAAUGAGGCCUUCAGAGGAGAUGUUAGUUGCAAGCCCACGGCUACAUCCAGUGACUUUGUGUAUAUACACAAUUCUGAAUGAGAUCAGUAUCUUUUAGAAAUAGUUGGCAGCCAUCUCUCAGUCUAAAUACAAACAAAUGCAAAGAGCACAACUCUACCAAGACAUCUGGUAGACAAACAAACAUCAAAAGCCCUGUGACCAUUUUCUUCCAUUCACUAACUGAGGUGGAAUGGAGUUGUAUAAAGGGAAUUUAGACCACGAAGUCUUGUUGAGGGGCAGCUGUUUUAUAACACAGCCAUGCCAUAUUUGCACUAGUUUUGUUCUUGGACUGGUCUGUUUCCUUUUAGGAAAAACUCGUUGACUACAACAGGCUUUGAUAAGUCAGCCACUGGUUAGAAAUUUACAAGAGGUGCCUGGUUACUUCUGUUGAUAGAUAAUCUGGGGUCCUAUCCUGUACCGCUUACCAGGCAGAGUGCUAAUUACCCUCAUGUCUAGUAGUGAGCGUUCAGGAAAUUGUUUCUUAAGGCAUAAUGAGAAAUCACCGUUUGAUCAAAAGAUUUAUACUGGUGUGAGCUGCAUUUCAUCUGAUCACUAGGGAAGAGUUUUCCCAUAGCAGGACCCAGUGGCAAAGCCAAACAACCCUCCUACCUGAUAUUUAAAAAGGGAAAUACCAAUAUUCCGUUUUGAUGAUCUCAUGGAGGUAAUUUGGGAAGGGGGAGAGAAGUUAGGCAGUGUAGGUCCAAUUAGUAGUUCCCUGAGAUUUUGGAGUCCCCCAAAUGAGUUAAAGGGGACAGUUUUUGUUCCCACAACUUAGUAUUUGGGAAUUAAAAAACAAUUGCAUUAGCUUGAUGAGUAAUCUCUUUAGUUGAUUCGCAUUUGACUAGCACACUGGGUUUUAAUUAAAUUAUUUAGAACAACGUAGUGGUAAAAUGAAAAAGUUAAUUGAAAUGGUUUGCAAUUAAUCCUCGCAGAUUGAUUGUCAGAAGGCAGGUUUAGGUUCAGAUUGCAACACCAUUUUAAUUACCAACUUUCACAGAUUUCUAUGAAGACCUAUGUAAUUCUUUGCUCCCAAGACUCCUUGUUUUGCUUAGCUACAUCUAUCUAUUAAUGUGGUACUGUAUCUUUAAUCUGGGUAACGAUAGGACCAUAUAGUGUGGACAUUGUCACUGGACUAGGGUUUAAUUCCUCACUAAUAAAUCAAUUAGACCACAUUGUGAUGCAGUCUUAGUUAAAAAAAAAAAGUUAUAAAGGUGACCAUAACCUCAUAUGUUGACAUGAAUGAUAUUUGUGACUAAAAUAAACCACUCCAACCACAUUUUCCCUCUUAGGCAGGAUACUAAGAUUCAUUUUAGCCUGGGCAUAUGCAUUUUACCAUCUCUGUGUAAUUUAGGGGGUGGACAUAUUUCAUUUGCGUGCUAAUUUAGAAAUAUACUUUAAUUGAAAUGUUAGUGCUUUAUCUUACAUACAUGCUGUGCACUACCAUAGUGUGUUCUUUUGCCUUUGUUAAGACUUCUUUGGGAUUUUUAAAGUACUUCUCUGACCUCCCAUACUUUUCAACUUGGAUUGGUUCUGGUAGUAGAAAAAAAAAUGUUCCCUGCCUUGCGCUACCCAGAAGCCAUGGCUGCAUAUUGCACAGUAUAAUACGUUGUCAUUUAUGCACCCCAACUUUCACUAGUGCUCUGGUACCCUCCUGGGAAAUAGAGAAUGCUUCACUCCAGAGUAUCCAAUACACAUUUAUUCUAAAGACUUGACAGCAAUGCAGGAAAACAGGAAUAAGCUAGAGAUAAGGGUCAUAUCCUGCUUCCACUGAUGUCCACAGAGCUCUUGCCAUUGACUUUAAUGGGAGCAAGAAUAGGCCACAUGUUCAAAUCCAGAUCUUCAGUUAGUGUAAAUUGGGACAGGCCCAGUGAUGUCAGUGAAACUAUGACUAUUUACACUAGAUCUGGCUCACAACCUUUGGCACUGAACCAAAAUCCCAGAUCCAAUCUAUAGAAUAAACGUUGUUAAAGUAGAAACCCAUCAACUACACCUAUGACUUCAGGAAGGCAGACAGACAAACUAAUUCUGGGAUUACAUGAAGGUAGGUUCUCAAGUGACUAAUUGGAAAUCCCUUCUAGUCCACAAUUAUGACCUCUGUAUUAUUCAAGAUUACAUUCCAUUCUGCUCCAGCACUGGGGUGGGGGGAAGGGGGGGUUAAACUACUUAUUCUGAAAUCAAGCGAAUCAAAGGUGCUAUAAAUGUCCAUGAAACACAUUCCCAAUCAUAGAAGAAAACGUGAACUUUUUUCACGUUAUUUUACACAGUACUUUUUUUAUUUAUAGCCGUGUGUUGUGUGUGUGCAAGGGGUCCCAGCUUUUCUAAUUGUAAUAAAUUCUACAAUCAUUUGAUCUUUUAUAGUGAAGUCACAUACUGUAUCUUGUGAUUGUGUGUAAUUUUUAACAGAACAACAACAAAUGAACUCAUUUCUGACAGGCUCCAACGUUUGUCAUCAGACUUCACUAAAGGACAAAUAGAAAAACCCCAACCUGUUAGCUCCAGAUCUUGCAUGGUUACUUCUCUGUUUUCAUAUUGCCAUAUUAUUGUUCACGGUAUCUAUUUCUCUUUAUUGGCGAUGGGGUUUGUUACUGUAUAGGGAAUGUUUUGUAUUCAGCAUUUUUUUGUUUUGUUUUUGUUUUUUUAAACAGAGCAGAGUGGGAACAAUAUUCAAGAACCCACAAAUACCGAAGACCUUUCAUGUAAUGCACUGAGAAAUAAACAUACUGUAAGUGAA